CAGAAUUUCAGCGACUCGCCCGAGCGGGAAAAUAUUGUCGGAAGCUAGGGUUUUCGCGACUCGGCGUUAGUCGGAUUCGCUUGGGAUUUCCUCCAAUUGGGUUGCUCUGCUUACUUUCUUCUUCCAGCCUCGUGUAGGUUUCAGCGAGAGAACACAGACCGUCAAGAUGAGGAUUAUGAUAAAGGGCGGGGUGUGGAAGAACACCGAGGAUGAAAUCCUCAAGGCGGCGGUUAUGAAAUAUGGGAAGAAUCAGUGGGCUCGCAUCUCUUCGCUUCUCGUUCGUAAAUCCGCGAAACAGUGUAAGGCUCGGUGGUACGAGUGGCUGGACCCAUCGAUCAAAAAGACUGAGUGGACCAGAGAAGAGGAUGAGAAACUGCUCCAUCUUGCUAAGCUCAUGCCCACUCAAUGGAGAACAAUUGCACCCAUUGUUGGCCGUACUCCGUCCCAGUGUCUCGAAAGAUAUGAGAAGCUCCUUGAUGCUGCCUGUGUUAAGGAUGAUAACUAUGAACCCAAUGACGACCCUCGCAAGCUGCGUCCCGGGGAAAUUGAUCCGAAUCCUGAAUCUAAGCCGGCGCGUCCAGAUCCUGUUGAUAUGGAUGAGGAUGAGAAGGAAAUGCUUUCUGAAGCAAGGGCUCGGUUAGCCAACACCAGGGGAAAGAAGGCCAAAAGGAAAGCCAGAGAAAAACAGCUUGAAGAGGCUAGGAGGCUUGCUUCCUUGCAGAAAAGAAGAGAACUUAAAGCGGCUGGUAUUGAUGUUAGGCAAAGGAGGAGGAAAAGGAAGGGGAUUGACUAUAAUGCUGAAAUUCCCUUUGAGAAGAGGCCUCCUCCUGGCUUCUAUGAUGUUGCUGAUGAAGAUACAACAGUAGAACAACCUAUGUUCCCUACUACUAUUGAAGAACUUGAAGGGAAACGAAGGGUUGAUGUAGAAGCACAGUUGAGAAAGCAGGACAUAGCAAAGAACAAAAUUGCUCAGAGGCAGGAUGCUCCAGCUGCCAUCCUGCAAGCUAACAAACUAAAUGAUCCUGAAGCAGUUAGGAGGAGAUCAAAGCUUAUGCUACCUGCACCGCAGAUUUCUGAUCAUGAAUUGGAGGAAAUUGCAAAAAUGGGCUACGCUAGUGAUCUCAUUGCUGAGAGCGAGGAACUAACAGCGGGGAGUGGUGCAACACGUGCACUUCUUGCUAACUACUCCCAGACACCCCAUCAGGGAAUGACGCCAAUGCGCACCCCACAGAGAACUCCUGCAGGUAAAGGUGAUGCCAUCAUGAUGGAGGCAGAAAACCUUGCUCGUCUGAGAGAGUCACAGACUCCAUUAUUGGGUGGAGAUAACCCUGAAUUGCAUCCCUCAGAUUUCUCUGGUGUGACUCCUAAGAAACGGGAAAUUCAAACUCCAAAUCCCAUGCUGACUCCUUCUAUGACUCCCUCAAUGACUCCUUCUAUGACUCCAGGAAGGGCCAGUGUUACUCCUAGAGUUGGCAUGACACCUUCACGUGAUGGAUACUCUUUUGGUAUGACUCCAAAGGGGACACCCAUCAGGGAUGAACUCCAUAUAAAUGAAGACAUGGAUAUGCAUGAUAGCGCUAAGCUUGAGCGGAGAAAGCAAGCUGAUCUGAGGGAGAAUUUGCGAGCUGGUCUUAGUAAUUUGCCACAGCCCAGGAACGAAUACCAGAUUGUCGUACAACCACCUCCAGAAGAGUCGGAGGAACCAGAAGAGAAGAUUGAAGAGGAUAUGUCCGAUAGGAUGGCCAGAGAAAAGGCUGAGGAGGAUGCACGGCUGCAGGCAUUGCUUCGGAAGAGAUCAAAGGUGCUUCAGAGGGAGCUCCCAAGGCCCCCUGCUGCUUCUUUGGAAUUGAUUAGAAGUUCUCUGCUGAGAGCUGAUGGAGACAAGAGUUCGUUUGUUCCUCCAACGGUAAUUGAACAAGCUGAUGAACUGAUAAGAAAAGAGCUUCUACAAUUAUUAGAGCAUGAUAAUACGAAGUAUCCACUUGAUGAGAAACCAAAUAAGGAUAAAAAGAAAGGUACCAAGCGCUCAGCAAAUGGCCCAGCUGCCCCUAUACCUGUCAUAGAGGAUUUUGAGGAAGAUGAGCUACAAGCGGCUGACACUUUGAUAAGAGAAGAGUCUGAAUAUGUACGUGUCGCAAUGGGGCAUGAGGGUGAGUCUCUUGAAGAAUUUGUUGAAGCACACACGACUUGCCUGAAUGAUUUGAUGUAUUUUCCUACUCGGAGUGCUUAUGGUCUUUCCAGUGUUGCUGGAAAUAUGGAGAAAUUGGCUGCCUUGCAGUUUGAAUUUGAGAAUGUCAAGACAAGGUUGGAGGCUGAAAGAGAGAAGGCAUUACGCCAUGAAAAGAAAGUGAAUGUUCUGACUCAAGGUUAUCAGAUACGUGCUGAAAGGCAGCUUAUGCCACCAAUCGACUCAAUCUUGAAGCAAAUAGACAUUGCUGGAACGGAAUUGGAAUGUUUCCAAGCAUUACAAAAGCAGGAGCAGUUAGCUGCAUCACAUAGGAUUAAUAGUCUGUGGGAGGAGGUACAGAAGCAGAAGGAGCUGGAAAAAGCUCUUCAACAACGAUAUGGAGAUCUUGUCUCCGAGUUGGAGAGGACGCAGCUGCUUGUCAAACAUUACAGAGGACAGGCCAAACAAGAAGAGAUUGAUGCUAAGAAACAUUCAAUUGAACUGGCCACUACUGUACAAGAUGAUGCCAUGGUAGAUGCUGAAAUAUCCGAGCAGCCGGUGCCAACAGAUCCUGUGCCCAUCAGUUCUUCAACUUGUGAUGAAAUUGCACCACCUCCAGAGACUGAUCAGGCUCAAGAACAUGUCACUGCAGACUCUAAACCCGGCAUGGAUGUUGAGUCUGGGACAAUAAGUGGAGAUGUCAUCUCAUCUGAUGAUGCAAAUGCAGAACUAGUCGCCAGCACUGGCGUUGAUGAUGGUACAAUGAACCCUGAGGUUGGUGUAAAGCUGGGUUCAAUUUCUUCAGACCAAGGCCGAGUCCAAAGUGCCGAAGUUGAAGAACACAAGGGAGAAAGGGAUGAGGAUGUUGUGAAGGCGAAUGUGGAGGACGUUACCAUGUCUGAAUAAGCAGCGGACAAAGCCGGAUGGAGAAGGAGAGCCAUAAGAUCUUCUUGCAGAAGAAGAGUGAAGCUUGGAAUUGCAUGGAACCUAGCAUCCCUGUACUUCAUCAGUGAGAACAAUCAUGAGAGUGAAACCGUAGAGCCUCAAUUGUCUGGGUGAUAUAUAAUACGGUACCUCUUGAAACACUUGGAUCGGAAAGGUGCUCCUAGGUUGUUUCCUUAGGGAUCUGGAAAUCAAUUGUGAUGGAACUUUGUUCUGUUUUGAACACAGAUUGACGAGGAAAAGAUGUGAGAUUUUAGGUACUGUGGUAGCUGUUUUGGUUAGUUGAGGAACUUAUGUGUCUUUAUCAGUGUUAUUAAAGCCGAGCCGCUCGGCCCGACCGGUAAAACCGCCACUCGGUCAUAAAACCGGCUCGAAACAGUCUAAAAGCUGCUCCGAUUUUAUGUAGCGGUUGGCGAGCGGCCGAGGCGGUUAACCGUUCGAGCCGAUUGAGCCGCUGGUCCGGUUUUUGCCAUUCAAUCACUAAAUUUAAUUAAAAAAAUUGCAGAAAAUUGAAAAUUGGAAUAAACAAAAAACGUAGGGCUCUCAAACUGAAUCUUUAUUUCCAUUUCACAAUUUCGAAGGAAAGAGAUAAGCUCUGAUAAAUAAAUGUCCACUAUUUAUACUGGUAACGUAUAUUAGGUACUGGUUCUCUAACGGUUUUUAAACGGUCUAAUGCCGGUUGGACCAUUAAAGUGUGAGCCGUUCGCAUUACCGGGUCAUGCUCCGGUUCGGUUAUGACAACAUUGGUCUUUAUCACUGCACGUGGGCACCGGGCUGUGCCGCCCACGGGCUGGCACGGUUAGAGCACGAGCACGGACACGAAAUAAAUGGGCCAGCCCGGUACGAGCACGAUAAUUUAUGGGUCGUUUCGGGCCUAAACUUUAUGGGCAUGGACACGAGCACGGGCACGACACAGUAUAUAAGUGGGUUGUGUCGGGCCUAAUAUUUUCCAGACUUUAUUGAGUAUAAAAACAGACAUGACACGAAAAUAAUAUUUAUUUGAUAUAAUUAAACAAAGCCAAAUCACACUCGUUAUACUUUCAAUUUUCUUUUUCCCCUUAUUUGUUACUUUUCUCAAACAUUAUUGGUUAAUACUAUCUUCCUCCGUCCAAAUUUCACCUUCUUUUUCAUUCUCUCUUUUGUCUUCGUCCGUUUCAUUAAACACAAAUACGAGCAUGGCACGAGCACGAAUAGGCACGACACGAUUUGAACCGUGCCCGGGCCGGGUCUAGUAAAGUUAACAAAUAGGCUUGCAUGGCACGACAAGAAAACUGGCGAGUCGUGCCAAGCACGACACCAAAUAAAUGGGCCCGAAGCGUGCCCAUGUCGUGUCGUCCCAAGCACGGCCAGCGCCAUGUACAUUUAUCACCCAAGAGGAUGUUUCAAUCUUCCGUUUAUAUCGUAGGUUUAGCUAGUCGUAUGGGGUUUGAUUGGGGGUACUACUAGUUUAAUGUUGAUUUUGACAAGAACAUACGAAGAAGUGAUCAACCAUGUAAACUACACUAAUCUUAGCCAAAAGGUAUAGAAAGGUAUGAUCAACCAUUAUACACUAAGUGACUUGUGUAUUUGAAUAAUCUGUUUUAAAACAAGCUACACUAAUUAAUAAAAUGUGUUUAUUAAUUAAAAACAACAUGAUUUCAUGAAAGAAUUAUAUUUGUAUGCUAAAUAUAAAAUAUGUUGGGAAAAUAAUAAUAAUUUUUAGUAAAAAAUACAUGUACAUAUGUAUAAUCAGCCGACUUCGGAUCGGAUAGUGCGAAAAGCCGAAAAUCAUGCCCACUCAUUCCCCGCAAUAUUUGGAUUCGGAGUUUGCCCGUACCCACUGAAAAUCCUUUGGGUUCGGGUUUUACCCUACCCGAAUAGAUCGGAUUCAGUUAUAUUUUUGCCAUCUCUACUUCUUGGUCUUUUAAUGAAAAUAAAGAAUCUUU